ACCGUUACAUUCCUCUCCUCUGUCUAUCUCUCACUUUCUCUCUUGCUCUCGUUCGCAUUCCUAUUCAUUCGCCUUCUCCCUCGGCGCUUGCGGACUCUCCUUCCGUCGAAGUCGCCCAAUCGCUUGCACGGUUCUCCUCCCCGCUCUCAUGGCCAUCGAUUUCAGCUGUUGUUGCUCCGGAUUGCGAGCUCAAGCGUAGGGUUUGGGUUUUCAAUCUGUCCGCUUCCUCCAUUUUUCUCGUCCACAUGUCUUCGCCUUCUUCGGCGCCUGUAGCGGCGCCGGCGGCCAAGAUCUGCUUCAACACUCAGUGCAAGGAGUCUAUAGCGGACCAUAUAGCGCCUCGUCGGAGGGGCUGGCGCCUCCGCUCCGGAGAGAUCGCCGAGCUCUGCGACCGCUGCUCAUCCUCGUUUGAGCAAGGAACCUUCUGCGAGACGUUUCAUUCCAAUGAUUCUGGUUGGAGGAACUGUGAGACGUGUGGCAAGAGAGUGCAUUGUGGGUGUAUCGCAUCAGCUCAGUCUUAUGGUUUUCUUGACGCUGGUGGAAUUGAGUGCAUUCCAUGCCCUAGGAAAUCUCUUGCAACGGCACCAAAUCAAAUAUCAUCUUCUCUGAUGUUUAUGCAACAACAUGCGCCUGAAAGGAGAGAUUCACCUGCUAAAACCUGGAGAUCAAUGGCUAAUCCAUUGUCUGGACAGUGGCGUCAAGCUUCGCAUAUGUGGAAUAUGACAAUGCAGUCUGAUUUGCAACAAAGACUAUCAUAUGAAUUUGAUAGACCUAGUAGCAUUGAGAAAUUGGCACAUGGAGGCCGCCAUUCUAUUGCAACACAUGAAAAGAAAUUUGAGCCAGAGAGAAAAACUAAUACUGACCUAAACAACAUUUCACGAGAUAAAUACAUUCAUGGGAAUGCAGGAGAAAAUGAUCCUAUGUCUACAAGGAAAUCAGUAAGUACAGACCCCUGCUCUACCAGUUCCAUAGUAAACUUUGAAGCAAAACCAAAUUCAUCUAUCAAGUUGCAACAAUUACCUGUUACAAAAGAAAACUCGUCUAUACUUAUUAGCCUCUCAGCUUCCUUUCCAUCAUCAAAUGGAGUAAAGGAACCAAUGAAGCUUUCGUCAAAUCAAUCGCCAUCACAAAUAACUACUCCAUUAUCAAAGCAGUUUUACCCUCAGCGUAUGAAUGAAGCUGAACUGCAAGUUCAAAUGCGCAAUGGAAGAACUCGAGUUGAUGCUUAUCCACGGACACAAUUGCUUCCUCGAUAUUGGCCUAGGAUAACAAAUCAAGAGCUACAACAAAUAUCUGGCGACCCACAAUCCUCCAUCACUCCCUUGUUUGAAAAGAUGUUAAGUGCUAGUGAUGCUGGGCGGAUUGGACGACUUGUGCUUCCAAAGAAAUGUGCAGAGGCAUAUUUCCCUACAAUUUCUCAGCCUGAAGGACUGCCUUUAAAAGUUCAGGAUGCAAGUGGUAAAGAUUGGAUAUUCCAAUUUCGAUUUUGGCCUAACAACAACAGUAGGAUGUAUGUUUUGGAGGGUGUUACACCUUGUAUUCAGGCAAUGCAACUGCAAGCAGGUGACACAGUUACAUUUAGUAGGAUAGAUCCAGAAGGAAAGUUGGUCAUGGGAUUUAGAAAAGCUUCUAGCAGCUCUAAUGAACAGGAUCCUGAAACACAUAAAUCUAGCACUGAUAUCUCACCACCACCAGAAGCAGACCAAAUCACCUCGCUUAUACAAAAGGAUGGAUCUACUUCCAAGUUAUUGCAGGUUCCUAGCAAAAGAAAAGCCAAAGCUCUUGGCUUAAAGAGUAACUGCCUGCGUAUUGAAAAUGAGGAACCCAUGGAAUUGAAAUUGACAUGGGAAGAGGCUCAAAUGUUGCUCUGUCCGCCGCCAAACUCUUCUCCUAGUAUUGUUGUUAUUGAAGGCCUUGAAUUUGAGGAAUAUGAGGAGGCACCUGUACUAGGGAAGAGGACAUACCUUACCUCAGAUCAAGCAGGAUCAUCUUCUUCUGCUCAAGAGUUGAGUUUGGAGCAGAUAGCAAACAUGGUCUCUUGUAAAUCAGGCAUUUUGAAGAAGCGCAAGGCAAAAGCAAAAGGAGACAAUGUCGAAGUAUCAGACGGGCUUGAUACACUUGCGAACCUUGCUAUUCUUGGUUACAGUGAAAACCGCCAAUCUUCCCAACCAACAACAAGGCAUCCUCGGCACAAGCCUGGCUGCACAUGCAUUGUUUGUAUUCAGCCUCCAAGUGGGAAGGGCCCCAAGCACAAGCCGCACUGCACAUGCAACGUCUGCCUCACUGUGAAACGCAGGUUCAGAACACUAGAGUUAAGGCGUGAAAAACGUCAGUCGGAGAAGGAAUCCGAGAUGCCAGGAAAGCAGCAGUCACCCGUCUUGCCACCAGAAGUGUUACCGCAACCAGGGAGCAUGGAUGCUGCAUCAACCGGUCCAAGCGAUGAGGUUGCCACUCAGAAAGUAGAUAAAUUGAUCGCUGAUACAGUAGUUGACGAAGCAUCUGAACACAGAACAACAUCGGCAUCGCCUCAUAAAACACCUCAAAUUGAUUUGAACAUUCAACCAGAGAGGGAGGAAGAGCCAUUGGUACAACCUCAAGCUGUGUCACUGGUACCCUACUGAAACUGAAACUUUCAGAGAAUCUAGCAAGUUCAACCGAGAUCAGCAAUCUUGGUAAGAAGGGAAGGCCAUUGUAACUGCACCAAACCGAGGCAUGAGAUUGUUCGCACGCCCAUUUGGUAGACAUCUUUUUUAAAACAUUUGCUUUUUAUCAUCAAUUGUAUAACCAUUUGUACAGUAGUUGUUUAGGCAAAGAACACUGAUGUGCCCAUAAGAGGACAUGAGAUUGUUCACUGAGCCUCUGUUCAUCUCGAGAAGGCGGGCAAAGAAGGGGAAAAAAAGCUAAGUACCCGAGUAGGACUAAGAUAAAGAGCGAAAUGGAUGGGGGGAGAAAGAUUUCAAAUAAUGAAAAAUGAGGGUGUCAAUCCAAUUGCCAAAAGUCUUAGCAGUUGUUGCUCAAAUCUUGUGCUCAAAACUCAUCUUCACUAGACUAUCAGUGUUUGAUGUUCAAAAUUGUUUUCUGUUGAUCAGUCGACUCAUUCCUUUUUAGCACCUCUUCUCAUUGUUUAUUGUUCAAAAUCCUGUCUCCCUUCCUGGGUAUUAUUGCAUGUAUGCAAAACGUUCUAAUUAUAAUUUUACAUUUA